GUGAUAUUAGUACGUUUACUUCAGUUAAUGAUCUGUUUUACACCACUGACUAUAAACACACACAGACAUUAAGUCUUAUUGUAUAAAAUGUUACGGAACUGUAUGUGUUGUCACUUGCUUCCGCAUAACGAGAGGACGGACGGAUUUAGCUGUGACACACAAAGCUCUUGCGUUUCCGGCCAGCUCAGCGCGUCAGCCCUGUAGUGUUGUCAGUCUACAGCCUGUCAGACACUGGUACCAGUUACCUGUAAUAACAUUUCUAGUGGGCAGCGGAGAAACAUCGGGACUUCGCGGAGACAUGGUGCUGCUGACGAUGAUCGCUCGGCUGGCUGACGGACUUCCGUUAGCCGCCUCAAUGCAGGAGGACGAGCAGGGAAGUGAAAAGUUGGGUCGGGACCUUCAGCAGUAUCAGAGUCAAGCUAAGCAGCUCUUCAGGAAACUCAAUGAUCAGAGUCCCACACGCUGCACUUUAGAGGCCGGCUCCAUGGCAUUUCACUAUUUUAUAGAGAAAGGAGUGGUUUACCUUGUGCUGUGUGAAGCCAGCUUCGCUAAGAAGUUGGCCUUUGCUUACCUCGAAGACCUGCAGGCAGAGUUUCAUGAGCAGCAUGGAAAGAAGGUCACCACAGUUUCCCGGCCCUACUCCUUCAUCGAAUUUGACACCUACAUCCAGAAAACCAAGAAGUCAUACAUUGACAGCCGAGCGAGAAGGAAUCUGGGCAGCAUCAACACAGAGCUCCAGGACGUGCAGAGGAUCAUGGUGGCGAACAUAGAGGAGGUGCUGCAGAGAGGAGAGGCUCUCUCCGCACUGGACUCCAAGGCCAGCAACUUGUCCAGCCUGUCAAAGAAGUACAGGAGCGACGCCAAGUAUCUGAAUACCCGCUCCACCUAUGCCAAGCUGGCAGCCGGAGGUGUCUUUUUCAUCAUGCUCAUUGUCUAUGUGCGCUUCUGGUGGCUCUGAGAGAGAGAGAAGAGGAGAAGAGGAGAAGAGGAGAAGAGGAGAAGAGGAAGGAGGUAUUGAAGUGGAACAUGAGCUGCAGACACCCAGAAAAGCUGUCACCUUUGACUACAAACAGGAUCCCUGCUCUAAAUAAGACUUUGCAGACAAACCGCCGCCCAUUUAGUUCUCGCCUGUCCAUGGAUGUGUGAUCUGAAUAUAAAUGAUGUCAUAAUACAUAAUUUUAUUAUUAACAAUUAUACAGUAGUGCGCUAGUAGUGUUCCUUGAGAUAGGUUAAGAUGAAAUGAGUGAAUGUGUGUGUGUGUGGCGUGUGGCGGGAAAAUGAAGAGAAAAAUAAAUGUUCCUGUUUUAUGAGUUUUCCAAAGCUGUACUGUAACGGGACGGAGUUAAUGCAGACAAGAGCAAACAAAACAUAACCAUAUUUAUCCUGAGCAUGUCAUAGGAGUAUCUGCGUUCAUAACAUUAUAAUCAUAUAAUAUUUACCACCGUUUUUAUUUCAGUAGAAAACCUUUCAACCUUUAUUUUUUUUUUUUCUGCAAAUAUGGGACGUCAUGACCCUUUAGGGGACUGUUCAAAAUGAUUCGGGGGGUCAGAAAAGGCGAAGGGUAAAGUGCUUUUUUAUUUGCUCAAAGGAGGGUAGUCUGACCUUUUUUUUUGGAAGAGCAUUCAAAUGGUCCCAAAACAUUCAGUGUGCACAGUGAGGUGCAUAAAGGUGCCAUUUUUUAUAAGCAGUGACAACCUUCCUGUCAAAGUUUUAUUUUAUAUUUUCCUCUGGCUUACAGGAUCCAUCCUUAAUUAUAAGAAACACAGAAUAUGGAUAUUUAUGUUAACGUGUAAUACUGAUUAAAUGAUCUCUUCCAGCAGUAGUAGGACGCGGGACCCCCCCCCCCCCCCUCUUAUAAUCUUCGUACAGACCCUAACCUGACCACAACACAGUGUAUUCGUACUCCCUUCUUGCUCUCUUGCACCGUGACUGUGUGGACCAGUACAUUUCUGUAAACGGGCAUAUUAAAAAUAAACAAAAAACAUGUCUGGAUGGGUCCAUUUUUUUUUUUUGUAUAAAGUUUCCACAUGUCAAUUUAAAAAUGGAUUCAGGCUGAGAGGCACAGGUGCUCACGGCUGUAAAGGACACCUUCUCUUUUUCUGUUCUGUCUAUCUAUGAAUAAAAUGAUUUGCACAAAA